AUGCGGCAGCAUCACCUUGAUGCCCCUCCUCUGGAAUCCGGAGGUUGCCUGAUCUGCUCCGACGCGAAGAGGUUCGUCAUGGGAUCAUGGUGCAGUCACAUUGCCAAUGACAGCGGACAGGAGGUGGUCGUAAAAUACCAGAUCAUGUGGGAGUCAGCAAAUGGCUUUCGCAAUUACGAGAAGCGAGUGACCGUGACACUGGCACCGGGAAAGUAUCAUCGAACAGAGGAAAUCGGAAAGCUGAACUGGCACACCGUCUCCAUCACGGUCUCAGCCCGUGGAGAGACUGCUAGCUGCACGGUGAUCCAAGACCAAAGUGUCAUCAUCAAGGCCCGCCCCCUCCGCCUUGUCGACUCCGUGAAGGGCCACAUCUGGGCUGAGCGCUGA